AACUUCCUUAUAAUCCUCUUUUAUAUUCUUACUGUGAUCUGUACUUACGAGUCGAUCACAGUCGAUAUUAAUUAGAACUUAGGUUAACUGAACACGUCCAUUCAUUGUAGAUUUGUGUAUACAGUCUUUACUACGUAUUCGUAUUACUUUUAAAAGAUAAAGUAAUGGAUAGGUUAUAAAGGUGUGCAUAGUAAAGUGUUAGUAAAAAAACUAUACUUAUCGAAAACUGGUAUAGUUAAAAUUUACAAAAAUGUUAGGCGUAUUAAAUAUGAUGAACACAUUCUCCAGGUUGUCUGUGCAUUCAAUUGUUAAUCAGUGCAAUAUUUCCACAUGCAUGUACCCAUUAUAUUUUCGAGCCACUGAUGCACUCUUAGGAGAACCACUUAAAAAGAAGAAGAGAUUAGAUCCUGCAAUCAUCAGAGCUAGAGAGGAGAGGAGAAGAAGAAAACUAAUGAAACAAAUUCGUCGGAGUGAAAAGCACGCCAAGCAGUUGAAACCAAUUGUUGAAAAUGAAAUAACAGCUGACUUCCUCGACAAGAAAGAUAAAUUAAUUCGUCCUCCUACUCCACUGUCAGUGGAAGAAAUAGAGAGGAGAGCAAUAUUACAAAAGGAAUGGACUAGAUUUAAAACACGAGAAUGGAUAAAUGAUGUGCGUGUUAUGGAAUCCAUUGAGAACUCACAGCAAAAAGCACUGGCAGAACUGAAGGCAGCCUCAGAGGAACUCUAUGAAAAAGCAAUAGAAAUUGAUGACUCAUUUGUACCAUACAGUGCAGUUGGACCGGUACAUACUCCACCAAUAAAAAAUUAUGAUAGUCCUGAUGGUUCUUAUGCAGAUAUUACUAUAGUAUACGACGGGGAAAAGUAAGCGAGUAGAUGAGUGUAAUGUGUCUUAGAUAAAGAAUUACAUGAUGCAAAAUAAUCGAUAAAUCCACAAAUAUUUGGUUUCUUAGACAAAAUUCAUAUUGGAUGGGAAGUUAUAUGCGCUAUUCAUAAAUUUUGAAUUUAUUACAAUAAAUGGUAUUCGUUGCUUUUUAUGUUAUUUAAUCAAAACAGUAAAUACAGCAUUGGUUCUAGA